CCGAAAAUCAGUGUUUAAGCUUCACAGGGUUACACUGCCACAGAUCCACCACCUUAUUUAUCUAUAUUGGGAAAAGACGGUUUCUGUCAAUGCGCUUGGGGAUGCCCGUUCCUGCCAUGCGAAAGGCCAAUUUUGCCUUCCCGUCUUCCCAAUACCCCGAUCGCAUUUCGUUUUGCCCCUGUCCCUCUGUCGAUGCCACGGGCUCCACGCAUCAACGUCUCUGUUUAGGUACGCAGCAGGGGUUGCGUCUGUUGUUGGUUGCAUUGCCUUGGCACCUGCCCGGUAGGCAAGCACACUAGCACAUACUGCAGUUCUCCAGCUCGCCUUGCAGCUCGCCUUCCAGCACAGCUCAUCAGGCCAUGGUUGCACACCGAACCGCCCCAGGGCUGGCUGAAGCGGCAGGUUUGGACCGUCGAGACUCGAGCCUGCAUGCUGCGCUCGCCCAUGUUGGCGGCGCUACGGAAUUCGAGCAAGCUGUGCCGCCAAAGCUGAACCUCCAGCUCGGGCAUCGUGAGCAAGGAAAGUCCUAGGUGCUAUCCCCAGAAUAGCCCCCAGUCGUGUCAGGAACUUACUGUGCGGCGCAGCCGACCCCACUGCUCCUCCAUCGUUCGCCGCCCCAGCCUGGGACCCAUGGAUCAGGCUGCCUGUCAUGCCUAAAUUUCCCCAAGUCAUGUUUUCUAUCCCGGGACUGCCUGCCCACCUGGCCAUCCUACGCGAGUGCCCUCAGCACCACGCCGCAGUAGUUCGUUUUGUAUAUACAUCUACACAUAUAUAAAGAAGGCCCCCGGGGAUCGAUGUCUGCCUCACCUCGUCUCGUCUCUUCGUCACCCACAGCCGCUCAACAACCUUUAGAUUCCAUCCCUUGACAUUCAUAGCUUUUGCGCUUUAUACCUACCUCCCACCUCCCCCCCCACUUACAUCAUGAAAUCGGUCGCGAUCCUCGGCUCCCUAGCCUCGCUAGCCUCGCUGGCCUCGGCUUUCUGCGCCCACGGCACGACGCUGUUCCCGCGAGCUUCCGGGGAUGAGGUCAAGAUCGCAACUUAUGGCUUCCACGGCAUGAACGGGCCCCUGAACUGGUACGGGCUGAACAAGACGCUCAAUGCCAAGUGCGCCCAGGGCAAGGAGCAGUCACCCAUCAACAUCCUCACCAAGACGCUCAAGUCGGUCGACGGGAGCUCACUAGGCUUCGACAUCCAGAGCUACGACAACGGGGCCGACUUUGUCAACCUCGGCAGCACCCUCGAGGUCAUCGCCAACGGCACCCUCAAGCUCGACUCCAAGGAGUACAAGCUGGCCCAGUUCCAUUUCCACACGCCCAGCGAGCACCACAUCGAUGAUGAGUACUAUCCCGCCGAGGUGCACUUUGUCUUCCAGGCUGCCGACCAGUCACUCUCCGUCGUGGGCUUCCCCAUCGAGUUGCACGGGCGCAACAGCGACUUCGUCGCGACCGUGUUCGAGAAGGUGGACAAGAUCAAGGAGCCCGGGUCCAAGGGCACGACGGGCAAGCUCGACUUCACCAAGCUGCGCGACCACCUGCGCCGCAGCAAGGUGUACCAGUACAAGGGCUCCCUCACCACGCCCCCCUGCACCGAGGGCAUCGCCUGGAACGUCGUCAGGGACCCCGUCACCAUCGACGUCAAUACGUACAAGGCCAUCAAGGGCAUCAUGAAGUUCAACUCGCGCUACACCCAGAACACCCCCGGCGAGAUCAACCUGCUCGAUAACGCUGCCAACACCCUGGCCGGCAAAGCAUGAAUGAGCACGCCACAGGGUGCGCCGUCAUGAGCUCUAAUCUUCUGCUUUAUUUAUAUUUUUUUUUGUUAGACAUGUUCCCUUGUUUUUUUUUUCCUGUUUAUCCUUUUCGAUUCCCCCUUUUGUAUUAACACCAUGGCAUGGCGUUUCGAGACUUAUGACAUGAUCUGGUGGGACGGGAUAGUUGCUUUUCUUGGGGGCGCUAGACUAUAUAAACUACUUUUUAACCUUCUCGCACAAGCUUUUGUCCCUCUCG